AUGGCCCAGGAUAGUCGAAAUUCACUUAUCUCCGCAAUAUCCUCGGACAGAGGAGGAGUCAUUUCACCGAUCCCCGGAUUACCAUAUCCCACGUGUUCGAUUGAUAUCACCCAAUCCGUAUCGGAUCAAUCGUAUGCAAACAAUUAUCCGGACGAAUCGAAUCCCACUGGGACUGAGUGGUGUUUUAACGAUUCACAAAUUGCUUGUAUCUGUGAAGUUCUACAACAACGUGAAGAUGUGGAUCGUAUGGAACACUUUUUACAAUCGUUACCCAAAGAUGAUUCGGUUCAGUUGCUCGAAAGUGUAUUGGUGGCCCGUGCGACUGUCGCGUUCUAUCGUGGUCAGUAUACCGAAUUGUAUAGCCUGCUCGAGGCACAUUCGUUCUCCGCGGAGAAUCACGGCCGAUUGCAAUCAUUGUGGUUACGUGCUCACUAUGCGGAAGAGGAGCGGGCCAAAGGUCGACCACUGGGAGCUGUGGCUAAGUACAGAAUUCGUCGGAAAUACCCGUUACCACGUACGAUUUGGGACGGGGAAGAGACAAGUUAUUGUUUCAAAGAGAAAUCACGAACUUUGUUACGUGAAUGGUACACACAUAAUCCGUACCCGUCACCAAGAGAUAAACGGGAAUUGGCCGAGGCGACCGGGUUGACCACAACACAAGUGUCCAAUUGGUUCAAAAAUCGACGACAACGUGAUCGUGCAACCGACUCGACUGAUGAUGAUGUUAUUAGUACUAAAAGCACCGAUAGGAAUAGUGACAGUGAUAGUAGAAUGGGUGUCGUGUUCCAGUAA